AUGGAUGAGCAGUCGACGCCAAACUCACAAUCAACACCUCAUGAUUCGUUUCUAGAUUUUUCUGAAGUGUCGGAUCAGGCAAUAGAAUCAACAAUUAGCGAGCAGGAGGAACUGUAUGGGGAAGUGAGGCCGGCCCCAAAGAAGUUGAUGGAGCCUAAAAUGCUUCCGAAACUAACCGGGAAGCUCAUGAUUCCCAAACGGAGAUCAAGCAGUCCCAAAAAGGCAUCCGAGCAGCAUAUAAUCGGCAAGAGCAACCACCGAAUACCAAUGAAAAGCGUGCGGAACUUCAGUUCACCGCUUCCGCGCAAAAUAGUUGAGCUUAGCACUUCGCCAAUACCGGAUUUGUCACCAAAAGGAACAUCGAGGCCUAAAAAGGCCAAAUAUGGCGGUCUAGAAAACCUCACAGCAUCGACACCGAUCGUUUUAAGGACUAAGGAUGGCCCAAUGCAGUCACCCUUGGCUGUGCGGAGCUUCUCGAGCCCUGCUGCAGACAUCAGGAUGAGCGAUAAGAUCCCGAUUCAGGUUCAACUUAAUCAAUUGAGUAAAACGACAUUUGUCGAGGAGAACGAGCGGCAACUAGAGAGAGAGAUCAAGAGAUAUGAGCAGAGUAUUGCGAAGUUGAAGAAGAUUGAGGCGAAAAGAGAAGAUGAGAGUCCAAAAGAUGGGCUGGCCGAGUUGAUUGAUAAAUGGAGAAAAGCAGCAAAAGCGGCCUCAAACUAUGUUUUGAACGAUGCGAAGCUAAAGAUAGAUCGAAUGGGAGGAAUAGAGGAAUACCGGAAGAAGCAGCGGGACUCCCGGCUGAGAAAGCUGAGGUUUGAGUACGAUACUUCGGCUUUGGGUGAGCUAGAUGACUUUAUGCGGUCUCCCAGGUACAAGAAUUUGGGAAAAGCGGAAAAGGAGGAGGUGGAGGAGAGAAAGAGGGCCAUAGAGAGGAUGGGUGAGAAGAUAGAGCAUGGAGAAAUGCCUGGUGAUGGUUCUGGGGAUGGAUUGAGCAGGGAGUUCUCCAUGAAGGAGUUGUACGGGCAGCUGAAUUUGGAUUACGAUUUGGUGUACAGGAAGUGA